UUUAAAGGAGGUGGGGCGGGCAGUAUCGCUGUCGGUGCUGCCGCUGUGACCGACGAGCUGCGGGGCCAUGUCUCGCUCCGUCACCUUACCGGCGCCAGGACCCUGGGGAUUCCGCAUUAGCGGCGGCCGCGACUUCAACAAACCCAUCUCCGUGUCCAAGGUGGUAGCGGGGAGUAAAGCGGACCAGGUGCAACUGAAGCCCGGAGAUGUGAUCACCACCAUCAGUGGGGCUGAGACAUCAGAAAUGAUCAACAUGGAGGCACAGAGACAGAUUAAACAGUGCCAGGGAGACCUGGUCCUUGGUAUCGAGAGGCCAGAAUCAAACGCGCUCAAUGGAUCUCCCACGGACACGUUUGUUGCACAGAGAUUCCAGGCUGUCCUCCAUGUGGGAGAGGAUGAGAGCCAGAACUCCAGGAGGUCAAGUCCGAGCAGGAGCCCAGCCAUAUCGCCCACAGCUGAACUACAGCCUGCAUCUCAGGGCGUGAGCUGGAGGUCGGCGUCCCCGGUCUCGAGUCAGUGGAGGCCGAUCGAGAGAUCUCCAUCCCCAGUGGAUCUGGCACUGAAGGUGAAGGAUGUCCCGCCAGGUCCCGGGCAGCGGAUGAGCCUCUCGCCUGCCAACAGCUCCCAGCCUGACCCCAGGCUAACCCGGUCGGCAGAGUCCAGCCCCCGAGAGACGAGGAGUCCUGUUGCCAGGUCACUCUCGCCCAGCCCGGUGUUGGUGAACAAGGGAACCACAGAACACCGGCCACUCAAUCGGAUUGACAAAGACUCCGAGGUGUAUAAGAUGCUUCAGGAAAACCGCACAGCGAAGGAGCCACCUCGUCAGUCAGCUCGCUUCCGGCAGCUUCAGGAGGCACUGGACACUGACCAGGAAGCGGCCGUGGCUCAGUUUCCGGGCAGACUGUCGCCCUCUGCCCCACGCUCUGCCGUCUCCAGGUACCGCGUGUGUGAAAAGUGUGGCUCCAGUAUUCUAACGGAAGCGGUGAAGAUCCGGGAUGGGUGUUAUCGUCACCAGGAAUGCUACGUCUGCACUGACUGUGGCCUGAACCUUGGCAUGAGGGGCCACUUCUGGGUCCAUGAUGAGAUGUAUUGCGAGAAGCAUGCACGGGAGCGGUACCAAGCUGCUGAGGGAAGCUCGUGACCCAGCCGCUUGGGGCCUACACGCGCCUGACCUUUAAAACCAGCACAACGCAGAUCCUUGUAAUGUACAGAGUGAAUAAUUAAAAGAAUAAUAGCA